CUUGUAUUCUGAUGUUUUAGAACUACUGACCAAAAAAGUAGAAAAAGGGACCACAAGCUUCUGUUUAAGGCUCUCUUAACAGAAUAUGAACACAGGCAUUCGUUCACAAGUUUUUCAGCAUUUAAUUCAGCUAAGGCAAUGAAUAAUACUGCAAUGAACCAAACAGACUGUCCUGAGGUAAAGGUCCCUUUUCCUGUCUUCUUCACCGUUGGAAUUGUCAGCCUGGCGGAGAACCUCUUGGUUGUGGUGGCUGUCAUACGCACGAGAAACCUCCACUCACCCAUGUACUGCUUCAUGUGCAGCUUGGCUGCCUUCAACACCAUUGCCAGCUUGUCAAAAACCUGGGAAAACCUGAUGAUAGUUUUUGCUGAUGUGGGGCACCUGAAGAAGAGAGGUCCUACUGAGACUGAUCUAGAUGAUGUGAUGGACUCCCUACUUUGCAUGUCAUUUGUUGGCUCAAUAUCCAGUUUUCUGGCCAUCGCUGUUGACAGAUACAUCACUAUAUUCCACGCUCUACGAUACCACAACAUCAUGACAAUGCAGCGGACUGGAGCUAUCUUGGGGCUCAUCUGGACUUUAUGUGCAGUGCUAGCUGUACUAAUGGUGAAAUUCUCAGACUCCUAUUUCAUCAUAAUUUGCUUCAUUGUCUUCUUCAUCAUCUCCCUGGCAGCUAUCUGCUUCCUUUAUGUCUACAUGUUCAUGAUGGCCCGCAUUCAUGCCAGGAACAUUGCAGCUCUACCUGGUUGUGGCAGGGACAAAUCUCAGCAUAAGAGGAGGUGGGGCAGUAAUAUGAGAGGGGCUCUCACUCUCACCAUUCUGUUUGGGGCAUUUGUAGUGUGUUGGGCGCCGUUUUUCGUCCAUCUUAUUAUCAUCAUGGUAUGUCCUUUGAAUCCAUAUUGCGAAUGCUACAGAUCCUUGUUUCAACUUCAUGUGGUGCUGAUGAUGAGCCACGCCCUUAUAGACCCAGCGAUCUAUGCCUUCCGCAUGGCUGAACUUAGGCACACUUUCAGAAAGAGGUUGUUUUGUUUAAAAUGGAAAUUGUAAUUUUAAAGACAUUUUUACAGGCACAAAUAUUAAAUACUUUUAUUCAUGGAACAAGAUUAACUUUUAGUCAUGCACAGGAUUGUUUAAGCAUUGGUAUUGCAAUAAUCUGAAAGGAACAGCAUGAAGAAAAUAAUUGAAUUUAUGCAGAGGAUUGGUUGGGACUAAUGGCCCUGCCAACACUAAAAUAAAAUAAUGCAACAUGUCAUGAUCUGCCCUGAUAGUGAGCCUUAAUUCUUCACUACAUUCACCUGCCUAACUCUGCCCAGUUCCAAUCAUUCUUCAUCUUAUCCACCUGGGUCUGGUGCUUCAUAUACAGCUCAGCCCAGCUAUCGGGGCCAGAUCAUUGUUUUCUGUUUGAUGUCUGUAUGUUCUGGUUCGUUAGUUUGAGAUCUGACAGAAUGAUCUGGCCACAAAGGGACCCAUUGGAAGACAGUCAUUAGGAUUAUGAUUAUUAGUAUUUUUUUCCCCGGCUUGAGUCUUGCAUGUGGGAAAUUCUUUAAUUGUUCUAUUCAUUCACCUGCCUAAAUCUGCCCGGUUCCUAAUCAUUGUUCAUCUUAUCCACCUGGUGCGGCCUAGCUAUUUUGUUUGUUUUACUUCUGUUACAUACAGACAGAUGGACCCAGUAUUCAAGGUGAGACAGACAGUGGGAAAGUUCAAAACAUUUAUUAAAUAGCAAACAGCACAGAUACGCAGAGCUGCUAUGGAUCUAUGGACGGCAGCAGCUGGGGGGGGGACACUACCCAAUCACUGAAACUCUGGAGGGAGAAACACAGGUAAGUGAGCAUGAUAUUCUGACAGGUGAUGAUUAUCUGAGUGUGUAACUAAACAGAUCAGUCCAUCUUCUCCAUGGACUGCCAAAUGAGAUGUAGUGGCAGCUGCCCAGAGCAGUAACCUCAGUGAGCAGGCUUGGUGAGAUAUCUGAAAUGCUCUCACCACUAGCUAGUGAAUAAACUUGCCUGAAGAAACUGGCUUGUCUCACUGGGCAGAACCUUAUAUAUAUAGCAGAAGUAGCAGGUGAAUAAGAUGAAUGAUAAUUACAGAGCGAUGCGGGAACAGCAGGUGGAUAAAGGAGUAAUCAAGGUCAGCUAUCAGGGCAUAUCAUGACAGCAACCAUCUUUGGCAUUUAUUUAAUGAUAUUUAGUAACAAUUUUGUUAAUGUAACUAAAUAUGAUUAAGUAAAUACCAAAAACAGUUGCAUUAUUUUUUUUUCAAACACAGUGGAUGAAAAGAUAAACUUCACCAAAGUAGUGUUGCUGAGGUUUCUGUUGCUGCUUUGGUAUUCACUUCUUCACGAAGAGAGUUAGACCUUGUCACAACCCUUUGUCCUUGGAUAGCUUUUUUUUUUGUUUGUUUUACUAAUGUAUCCUAUCCUUUCUAUUUGCUUUUGGUAUUCUAAUAACCCACAUAAAUUCACACUGAAACUGAGACAAUCUAGGCAUUGGUAAAGGCCCUGUGUCAGGUAGUUGCACCUAUGCCUGGGUAUGCUUCUUUGGUCAAUCUUAGAGUGUGGUAUUGGGUUCACAUCCUUGCAGAAACUGUAUGUGUCAGGGUUCCUGUGUGUGAGUGAGUGUGAGUUAAGUAUCUUUUCCAGAGACGAUCUUUAUGGAGAACCUGGGUAGCCUACACAGGUGAGGAUAAUCUUCCUCAUCGGAGUGCUGGGCUUAAAAGAGCAGCAAAGCCUUCACUCAUAAUUGGUUUGUUGUGUUGUUGAUGUUUCGUUGCUUUCUAGUCUCUUGCUUCCUUGGAGUAUUUUCCCUGACUGAUUGGUUUUUUUUUUUUUUUUUUUUUAAGUAUUCUUGUAUUUUGGAUGUUUGCCUCUGUUCCCCUUGGGCUUUCAUUAAAUCAUCAAAAACUCAUCUGUGCCAACUCCUCUCUCUAUCUGGGUCCUCAAAGCUUCCACACAACCUGACAGUAUGUUUGAAGUGUUCCCCAGGCCAGGUGUUAUAGACCUGAAGCUAUAUAUGGACUGUAAUAAUAAAUAAUUAUACAUUUUGUUUAUAAUUA